AUGAUAGAAGAAAGUGCCAGGCGUGAAGCCGAGAAUACUGAACUUAAAACUAAAGACGUACCUUCUAUUGAAGAUAUUUCGCAGUCCUCAGCUUGUUCAGAAUUACCGGUAACCUCUCAGGCCCAAAAAGUUGAUCCUAUAGAAUCACUAUCUACCUCACCGCCCAUUGAGAACCACUCCGAACAGAUAGCAAACACAAUUGCUAUUAUAUCUA